UUUUCACCACAGUUUGAUCCUGCAGACUGUAAUGCAAUCAAUGAAGAUGGUUAUUGGAUAUGUGCACAUUGGAUGUAUGAUUCGUAUGCUAAGGAAUAUUUUCCCAUCGAUGACAGUCAGGUGAAUUCUUCUGAUAUUCCUCUGGGCACAGUUCUACAGGCGCAUCACAAAUAA